GAAGGGGGGGAUCCGAGCCUGAGUGGUAAGAGGUGACGGCGGCGGCAGCGGCAGCAGCAGCAGGAACGGCUGAGGCGCCGCGGGCGGGCCCCGAUGGAGCUCGAGAAUAUCGUGGCCAAUACGGUGCUGCUCAAGGCGCGAGAGGGUGGAGGAGGAAACCGAAAAGGCAAGAGUAAAAAAUGGCGCCAAAUGCUACAGUUCCCACACAUCAGCCAAUGUGAAGAUCUUCGGCAUACUUUGGAGCGGGACUACCACAGUUUGUGUGAGAAGCAGCCCAUUGGUCGUUUGCUUUUCAGACUGUUUUGUGAAACACGGCUUGAGCUUAUGCGCUGUGUCAAGUUCCUGGAUGCUGUGGCAGAGUAUGAAGUAACCCCUGAUGAAAAACUAAAAGAGUGUGGUCAGCUCCUGAUUGAGACGUAUUUGACCCCUAAGGGUGUGGAUCAUGUGCCUGAAGUGCCCUUGGAGCUAGUAAAUCUGUGUUCUAAGCGACUGGAGCAGGAACCGGGUAAAGAGCUCUUUAAGGAAUCUACCAAGCUCAUCCAUGACUACCUUAGUGUGGCGCCUUUUGCUGACUACCUUGACAGCAUCUACUUCAAUCGUUUCCUGCAAUGGAAAUAUCUGGAAAGGCGGCAUGUGACCAAGAACACUUUCCGCCAGUAUCGCGUACUAGGAAAGGGAGGCUUUGGAGAGGUUUGUGCUUGCCAGGUGCGGGCCACUGGGAAGAUGUACGCCUGCAAGAAGCUUGAGAAAAAGCGGAUAAAAAAGCGGAAGGGGGAAGCCAUGGCCUUGAAUGAGAAGCAAAUACUGGAGAAAGUGAACAGUAGGUUUGUAGUGAGUCUGGCCUAUGCAUAUGAAACAAAAGAUGCCUUGUGCUUGGUCCUGACUCUCAUGAACGGAGGGGACCUGAAGUUCCACAUUUACCACAUGGGAGAAGCCGGUUUUGAGGAGCCACGGGCUGUUUUCUACGCUGCUGAAAUCUGCUGUGGCUUGGAAGACCUCCACCAUGAGAGGAUAGUGUACAGGGACCUGAAGCCAGAAAAUAUAUUGUUGGAUGACCAUGGUCACAUCCGCAUUUCUGACCUGGGCCUCGCAGUUUAUGUUCCGGAGGGACAGACGAUAAAAGGUCGGGUGGGAACAGUUGGCUACAUGGCUCCUGAAGUUGUGAAGAAUGAGCGGUACACAUUCAGCCCUGACUGGUGGGCCUUAGGAUGCUUGCUAUAUGAGAUGAUUGAGGGCCAGUCUCCAUUUCAGCAGCGCAGGAAGAAGAUUAAGCGUGAAGAAGUAGAACGCCUGGUGAAGGAUGUGCAGGAAGAGUACUCUGAGAAGUUCUCACCUGCUUCCCGUUCCCUCUGUUCCAUGCUCCUGUGUAAAGACCCACUGGAACGGCUGGGAUGUCGAGGUGCUGGUGCUCAGGAAGUGAAAGAGCACCAUCUCUUUAAACACUUGAAUUUCAAGCGGUUGGAAGCAGGGAUGCUCGACCCACCAUUCAAACCCGAUCCCCAGGCUAUUUAUUGCAAGGAUGUAUUGGACAUUGAGCAAUUCUCUACAGUCAAGGGGGUAGAGCUGGAGCCCACCGACCAUGACUUCUACCACAAGUUUGCAACAGGAAGCGUCCCUAUUCCCUGGCAGAAUGAGAUGAUAGACACAGAGUGUUUCAAAGAGCUGAAUGUUUUUGGUUCAGAUGGAGCCAUACCGCCUGAUCUGGACUGGAAGGGACAGCAACCCAUCCAGCCCAAAAAGGGUCUUCUCCAACGUCUCUUCAGCAGACAGGACUGUUGUGGGAACUGCAGUGAAAGUGAAGAAGAACCCACUCGCCUAUAGGUCCCGCCAGCCUAUUCUUUCUAUGAGCCUGGCCAAGCAGCGAGCUGACUCAACAAAAGAGAUGGUACUGGCCUAGCACUGGCUUGGCUUACAACCCAGCGCACAUGCUAGCUGUAUGAGUGUGGGAUCAUCGUUUCAGGGUGGCAGCAGACUCCACCCUACAGAGGAAAUGCUCCAGGACGGGGGAAAGUAGACACCUCUGCAAAGGUCUUCAGUGUACUGCCGAGGGAUCAUCCUGCCACACCUUUUCCAUAGCGGAGAGAUGAUGGCAGGAACUAGUGAAACAUUCCAGGGCUGGCCCUGAUCCUGGCCUUUGGCCUCCCAUCUGCUCACCUGCUGGAGUUUGUUUUAUAUAUUUAUAUUGAUAUAUCUAUGAAUGUAUGUAUAUAGCAUAUGUACAUUUUUAAUUGUUGGGGAUGGAGGUCCUUCUGUAUCUCUCUCUCUUCCUUACCCCAGCGCCCUUGCUUCACCCUCGUGAACACUGUGCACCAGUAACUUCUAAGAAACAAGUAAGCAGCUCUGUUCCCCAAGCAAUGGAUCCUUUUAAUGUUCCCUGUGGAAUAUCCACCAAUCUGUUCUGCUGGUGGAAAUGGGUAGAAGGAGAAGCUCAGGAAUGGCAGCUGCAAUGCAAGAGCAGCCUCCACUGGCAUAUCUAGUCUGCAGGGACACAAUUGGGAUAACCUGUGUGUGUCCAGGACUUCCCCCAGAUGACUUGCUUUGUUCCCAUAAUGCACAAUGAGAGGGAUGGAGAGAUGCUAAGGCUUGUAGGCAUGUCAAGAUAAUACCUGCAGGUUUUUCUGAGAUGACAGGCUGUGGGUUUUUGGUUGGUUUGUUUUUAACAUGGCUUAAUUGAAGUAAGGAAGUUUUCAAACACUAGAGUAGCAUUACAGUUGACUCUCAGCUUACACAGGGGUUUCAUUCCGGGGAUAGCGCAUAAAGCCAAAAUAAUGUAUAAUCAAAACAACCCUUUAAAAACAUUAAAAGGCAUGUCCCAGCACUCUCCAGCCACCUCUACAUUCUAUCUGAAGGCUGCACACUCUCUCCCAAGGUUGCUACAGACUCUCCCCGCACCUCCAAACAAUCUCCCAGGGUGAGUGCAAUGGUUGGUGGGAUUGCCAAUGUUUCCUCUCCACCACCUUCUGACAUUUAUCUCUGCUGCCCCCUUUUCUUUGGCCAAGCACAUAAAGCUGUGAUCACACAAGUUAAAUGGAAGCUGUUGGCAGCAUACUGGUUUCUAGCUUUAAUUUCUUUCUUGAAACUCCAAUAAGGCCAGUAUGAGUUGACAAGGAAAGCUGGGGAGGGUUUGUCAUUUACCUUGGGAACCUAUAAAAGUUGAGUCUGUAUUUUUAUUUAUUUUAUUUUCUGGACCACUGUGCCCUAUUUUUCUCCCCCAAGAAAUGAUGUGAUUCUGUUGUUUGUCCUAGUAAUGUUUUCUAAAGAGUUCACCUGCCAACUGUGCCAAUGUGGGAGCAUGCAUGGAUUCGAGCCUAGAAUCUUGAGCCCUCUGCACUUUUUUGAAAGGGUUAAACUUCAUGAAAAGUGAGAGGUCUCUAAUAAAACCUCGCGGUGUCUUCAUUUUUAAUGUAAAGCAGGUGCUAGUUCUCUGAAUUUGGAACAGCAGCAUUGAAAGUGUAGGGUUUACCCUUUUCCCUUGCACAAUUUUCCUAAUCACAUCACACCUCAAAGCUGCUUGUUAGCCUUAGAGUAGAAAAAUAGCAGCUUUGUCCAGGUAAAGCUUGGCUCUUUUGGUGAAGAGCUCAGAAAACAUUAGAUUCAAGUGUAGAUGUUUUCUGUCUGGUGUAGCUAGGCUGAAAGUCCUAGUCAUCUUUCUCCUUAGGAAUCUCUUCUACAGUCUUCCAUGGCUGGGAGCCCAAGGCACCCACAGAGCUGCAUUUGUGCCUUCAUGAAGCUCUGAUAAGUAGACCUAUUUAUUGCCUGGACUAAAGAUUUCCAAUCAUAAAUAAUUCCCCUUAUUCUGUAUCUAGUGUGCACUUCUUCAGUCUCCCAGCAGUUAUUUUUAACCUGGAGAUUGUGGGUGAGUGGUGUGUGUGUGUGUGUGUGUGUGUGUGUGUGUGUGUGAUCUGCCUUGCUCCUGGGCAGUUAACCUCAUCUGCCAGUUCACCUAUGGUAUCUCAUGCUAGUGUUGCACUGUUCUUGAUAAUAUUGGAACUAUUUUGAACUUGUUUGCUAACUGUAUGUCCUGAUGAUUCAUUGCUGUGGUACAGAAGUGGAUGCAGUGAACACAUUGCCAGGUGCUGGGCAGUUUCAUUCUGAUGCUCCUGAAUGUGGAGCAUCAGUCAGCAUGUCCCUGAAUUAGAAAAGAGCAGCUUCUCUUCAUUGUUUUCUGUGUGGCAAAUAGAUCUUUUGUUACUGCCUUCCAUCCUUGUCUGCUCUACACACUCUCACGUGCCUCUUGCAGCCUGUCAGUUAACAUCCAGCUAGCAAUUCAGUGAGCAAUUCAUUCCUUUCCUUAGAAACUCCAGUUGAACGUGAUAUUUUAUUUACAGACUUCUUCAUGGUGUCUUUUCCCUGUCUUCCCCAUCUUUUGAUUUUAUUCUGCCUCUUUCAAAUACUUUUGAAAAAUAUUUCUGAUCAUCUGAAAAUUUGUCUGAGAAUAUCAUUAGUCACUUCAUCCCACAUAAUAUCUUAGAGCUGAUGUACAUUUGUAGACACAACCUGAAAGGCAGAGUUUAAAAAUGGAAAGUGGACUGCAACUGUAAAUAGAACAUGGGCAGGUUUCAGUGCAAUAAAUAUGGAUGUCAGUCCCAGUUCCAGAUGUUACUGCAGGGAAUCCAUGUUUUUUAAACUCCUGUGUGUUGUUCACAAUUGACAGGGAAACCUGUAGUUCUGUCAUUUAAACUUGAGUCCUUUUAGUAAUGUUUAAGCAUGACAUCCCUAAGACUUGUUAUAGGUACAUAAUGCAAAAGACUAAUAAAAAGGACAGUUUCCCUUAGGUGUAAGAUUAUAUGAUUUAAUAAAAUCUACUACUUAUUUCCAGCAGAAAAUGUCAUCUUAAUAUUUUACAUUUAAUCAAAUUUGGGAAUAUAGAAUAUUCUCUCCUUAACAAAAAAACACACCCCUGUUUUAAAAAAGAAAUAAAACUUCAUGUUCCAUCAGUAUUAUAAAUAUAUAUUUAAGUGUAGUUAUUGGUGUUAAAACACAGUGGCAAAUUUUGUGUUCUGGUUUUUGAAUUGAAGUAGUGGAGAGAAAGAAAUGUAAGUUUCAAGUAUCUUUUCUUCAUCAAAUCUGGAAGAAGGAGUUAAUUGUCUCCAAUUAUCUGUAAGGUGGUAGGUGCCUGUUAGGAAGUUGCCUUGCAUCAGGUCAGAUUAUGGUCCAUCUAGACCAGUAUUGUCUACUCUGAUUGGCUAGUGACUUUCUUAGGUUCUCAGGCAGAGAAAGGUUAGUAGCACCUGCUACUCAGUUGUUUUUCAUGAGACCUGCUAGAUAAUGGGCCUGGGACUUCCAGCAUACCAAUUAGAAACAGAUCUUCCCUUGUUGGCAGCCCCUCUAACUACGGUAAUAGGAAUCUCCCUCCCCCCCCCCAUAUUUUAAAAGCUUGCUUGAUUAGCAGUGCAAUUCUAAUCAUGUCUACUCAGAAGUAAGUCCUAUUUAAUGGAGCUUAUUCCCAGGUAAGUAGGGUGAAGAUUGCAGCCUAAAUCAAGGCCUAGGGUAGAAUUCAGGGUUGCACUAUGGUGAAUGUCUCAUCAGUGCAAGUAUUGUAGCUUGUGAGACAGAACAAUUCCACCUCUUGUCCCGCACACCAAUGCUGCUUUGGGGCUUCUCCCAACUCCCAAGCCAAUUUUGAGGAGCAUGGGAGGAGGGCUGAGGGGAAAGCCCUGUUAUGCAAACCAGAACCCUCAUGCAACUUGUGCUUAUGGGACUCAUUAGGUGACUCUCACCCCUAGUUUUAUGUGUAAGAACCCCGUGUUCCUCCUUUUAUUCUGGCUUCAAAUUCAAAACUAUGGCUGUAGCAAUAUCCUUCUAAGGUCAGCAGCAUCUGAGCUCAGUUCUAUGAGCACUUCAGAAUUGUCCUUUGUGUCUGCCAAAACCCUGGUCUGACCUGUUGGCCUGGGUCUGUUCUCCAUUCUCCCUGCCUCUUAAGGAUAGGCUUCUGCCUUGAUUCUUUCUUCCACCCCAUCCCUGUUAAAUUUUAAGUUUGUACCUUUGCUUGUUUCUCUUCUGUCUUAACAGGUCUGUGCUGCAGUCUGUUAGCAAUUCUUCUCUAGCCUAACUCCUGUCUGAUUUGUCUUUCCAUAGCGGCAGUAAACUUAUGUAUGAAAGAUAUAAAAUUGUGAUAUUAUAAAAUGUAUAUGCUGGAGAUACGCCCACUAAAAGAGUUGGAAAUUGGACAUGCUACUAUCUACUGCCGUUGCCUAGGCAAGAGUGUUUCUGGAAUUGAUUGUUUUUUUUAGGGGGGUGUCUCUGUCUCCCUCACCCAAUGGAAAUCCAGGAAUAAAAGGACCUCCUUCAAAAUUA